AUGCUUGCAAAAUUUGAUCCUGUGAUGCAAAAGCAUUUAGCACUUGCAAUAAAAGGUGACUCUUUAAACCAUUAUUGCGGAAAAAAUAUUCAAAAUGAGUUAAUUGAUUUAAUGUCUCAAAAGGUUAAUGAUGAAAUAAUAAACCGAGUCUUGAAAGCCGUUUACUAUUCAAUCAUUGCUGAUUGUACACCUGAUAUUUCUAGAAAAGAACAACUUUCUCUUACUAUUCGAACUGUUGACUUGUCAUUAGACAUUAGAGUGGAAAUUAAAGAGUACUUUUUAGGAUUCUUUUCUGUUUCUGAUUCUACAGGCUUAGGACUUACUGAGGUUUUAAUCGAGUUGCUAACUAAGCAUGGACUUGAAAUCUCUAGCUGCAGAGGUCAAGGGAUUUUAAAUCUUAAUCCUUUAGCAUUAUAUGUUCCUUGCGGCAACCAUAGCUUAAAUUUCGUAAUAAGUGACUCUGCACGGUCUUCAGUAAAAUCUAUAGCUUUUUUCGAAACGCGGUGGGAAGCAAAAAUAAGUAGUGUUAAAGCCAUUCGUAAUCAAGUUAGUGAUGUACAUGACGCUUUGAUAGCAUUGUCAGAAAUUGAAGGAUGUAAUCCUGAAACUGCACAUGAAGCGAUAACUCUAGGAGAGCAAUUAAAAGAUUUUAGCUUUCUUGUCUCUUUAAUUGUCUGGUAUGACGUUCUUUUUCAAGUCAAUAUUGUUAGUAAAACUCUUCAAGAAAAAGACAUGGACAUCACUCAAUGUGCAAAGUUAUUGAAAAGCUGUUGUUCAUUUUUAGAAAACUAUAGAAAAUGUGGUUUUAAAGAUGCAAUUAUAAAAGCAAAGGAUUUGGCUAUAGAAUUACAAAUGGAGCCUGUUUUUAAACCACUUAAAAGAAUAAUACGAGUGAAACGCCAUUUUGACGAACCAGCCCAAGAUGGGAUUUAUUUAUUUUCUCCUGAAAAAAAAUUAGAAAUCGAUUUCUUCAAUCCUCCUUUAGACACAUCUUUAAUUUCAAUGAGAGAAAGAUUUAUACAGUUGGAGAAUUAUUCCGAAGUUUGGGGUUUUUUGUAUAAUGUCGAUAGUUUGCAAAAAAGAGAAGAAAUUCUAAAAUCAUGUUUAGCUCUUCAAAGUAAACUUACCGUAAAUCUAAAAUCGGACAUUAAUGGUAUUCUCCUUUGCGAUGAACUGAUGAGCAUUAAACCUUUUCUUUCUGAAAUGGUCAAUGAUAAAAUUACUCCUAUUAUUGUUUUAAACUUAAUAAAACAGCACAAAAUGCAAGAUUUGUAUCCAAACACAUGGAUUGCAAUGCGAAUUUUGCUAACAAUACCUGUCACUGUAGCGAGUGUAGAAAGAAGCUUUUCUAAAAUGAAACUAAUAAAAACCUAUCUGCGGUCAACAAUGUCGCAGGAUAGACUUUCAAGUUUAGGAACCCUAUCGAUUGAAAAGAAUAUUGUUGAAAAUCUUGAUUUUUCAACCCUAAUCAAAGAUUUUGGUGAUAAGAAGGCUCGUAAGAUUAAUUUAAAAAAUUAA